CUGCAUCUGGAUGGGCUGGCUCCAAUUUUUUUUAAAUAAGGAACCUAGCAAAGUUAUUCUAUCCUCCAGGCAUGUGGGAGAAGAAUAAAGUGCCAAUGAUUUUUUUCCUCUCACAAGAAAACAGAUCUCAAAUACUACUACCAGGGCAAUACAUUAUUAGAUUUGGUAUUAGGGGAAAGAAGUUACAUCUUUCAUCUUCUUAUGCUCAUAAAGCGUCUUCCAUUGCCAAAUCACCUAGCUUGUGUUCUAUGGAAAGAGAAGAGAGAGACUGUGUAAUCUUCUCUGAAGGAAUAAUAGAGGAAUACUUAGCAUUCGACCACACAGAUAUGGAAGAGGAGCUUCAUGGAAAGAAAUCAGAAGCAGCUACAGAGAAACAGAAAUUAGGGUACCCUCCCAUUGCUCCAUUUUACUGCAUGAAAGAAGAUGUCCUUGCUUAUGUGUUUGACGAUGUGUGGAGCAAGGUUCUGAGUUGUAUGGAGCAGUUGACGCGUAGUCACUGGGAGGGAUUUGCUUCUGGUAAGGAUCUUUUUGAAAACAAUAUAAAAAAAUAAUUGUUUAUGAUUUCCAAACCAUAACCAGUGUCUUAGAUUAUAUGCUUCAUUAGUGCAAAAGAUUCAUAUUUGUAUUUCCCACAGAAACUAACAGAUAUUUAGAAAAUAUUUGAGAAUGAGUGGAUGAGUAAUAAGGCCUAGUCUAUGAUAAAUAGACAGAGAUUGUGCUUUCUCUUUGAAUAUAAUUUUUUGUGAGAAAAAGACAUGUACGAGUGGCAAAUACAUUUUUAAACUGCUUUAUUGAAGAAUGGUUGAUAUAAAGUGUACAAUCUGACAAGUUGACCUAUGUAUACACCCAUGAAACCAUGAAACAGUCAAUAUAGUAAACAAUCACCGCCCACAAUUCAUGACCUUUGUAAUCCCUCCCUCCUGCCUUUCCCCAACCCACAAUCCCAAAGUGACAACUAAUCUUCUUUUUGUCAUUAUAGAUCAGUUUUUAUUUCGUAGAGUUUCAUAUAAAUGGAAUCAUAUGGUAUUUA